CUUUCCCGAUUUCUUCUCGGGGAGGGAUACCCAUAGCCAUUGACAGAUAGUGGAAUGACUGUUAGGUGUACUGACACCGGGAAAGACACUCUGUCUCUCCCUUGGCUUCACUCGUCUUUAUUAGUGUCUUUAUUAUUGGGGGCUUUUUAUUUAGCUCCAGUCGCUCUCUGAGAUCGCUUCCAGUUCUGACGUUCUGUGAUAGCUGGAUGCUGAGAGGAGAGGGUACUGCUCUCCCUUUUCCUUCCUUCAAAUCUAUCUAAAAGUGGUGGAAGGAUGGAAUCCUCUGGAAAACUGCCCACCUCAGGAUCUCCUCUUAAUCGUUACACUACAGUAUUUAGUCCUCCUAUCCUGGAAUAAGAUACUAUCUUCCUUCAGGAUUACUGCAAUAGUCUCCUACCAAGUAUUUAAAGAAGUGUAAAUCACGAUGGAGACAGUUUCCUCUGUGGAGGGUCUCAGUAUUGGGGAGUAAACCACAUAAGUGGAAUGAAUAGGGCCUGUUUGGCAUAAGAGGUUUAUGGAAAGAUGCUCUAAGCAUCAUGUUAUACGACCUAUAAACAGCCUUUGGCCAGUAGUCCCUCGUAAUCACACUUUCUUUAGGUAGCUUCCAGGACACCGAUUUACUUUUCUCCUUCCGGUCUCAACAUGCUCCCAGAAACAAGCGGGGAGCUUCAUUUUCUUCAGUCUCCUUUGCUGAUUUCUUCUUUAUUCUUCAUCUCUUAGAGUGCCUCCAGGACUCAGUCUUUGAUCUUUACUCUUCUCAAUGCCAGCCUUUACUCAUAUGCCAAUGACUUCAAAUUUGUCUUCACCCUAGACUUCUAAACUCCACACAUGACUCUCCAGCUGCUUACUUCAUCUUCCCCUUAUACAUCUGUGGACAAUUCAGUUAAGCUCCAAACUAAACCCAUCUCUAUCCUCUGCCCCAUACUGGCUCACCUGCAGCCCUUCUCCUCUCAGUCGAUGGUAACUCCAUUCUUUCAGUUCUUGGACUCAGCUUCUCUCCUACUUCAGGAAAUCCUGUGGGUGUUGCUACCUUUAUACUAUUUCCAGAAUCCAACCACAUCCCAUCACCUCCAGCUCUCCACCAUGGUAUAAGAUACUGUCUUUCUCCAGGAUUACAGCGAUAGUCUCCUAACAAAUAUCCUUUAGAGCUCUACAGUUUAUUUGCAAUAUACCCAUCAGAAUCUUUUGAAAAACAUGUUAGAUCAUGUCUCAUCUGUCCAAAACCUGCAAAGACUUCCCCCUUUAGUCAAAGAAAAGGUCAUACAAUGGUCUACAAGGCCCUGUAUGACCCAGUCCCAUUAGCUCUCUUCUUCUUCUACUCCCCCUAUAGUUGACAGGGCUUCCCAGGUAGUAAAAUUUCUCAGAUUAAAAAAUAAUCUUUUUGAGAAACUUACCACAAAAAUCUUUUUCCAGUUUCUGUUGAAAAUCGUAUAUUCUGGUCUGCAUUCCUGCAUGGAAACUUGGAGCUGAGCUGUGUCACCACCCCCCACCCCCGCUUUUUUUUAAGAGUGUGUGAGCUUUUCCUUUUGCUAUAGUCCCACCCAGCAGCUCCACUAAUUUCCCCUAGCUGUCCAGGCCCCUGGAGGCAUUGAGUUUGCAGUUCCUACCCCAUAAGGCACUGAGAAAGUUCAACAACAUGUAGAACCAUUGGGUUAUUAAAGGUAGGGAUAACAAAAAUAUUGAACUGAUAGGAACAGGGAACUAACCAAUCAAGUCAGAUACUGGAUCAGGGCCUUAGAAGCCUCCUGCAGUGUCAGACCCCAAUCUGUUACUGAAGUGUGUUUUUGCCACAUGCACAUGCCAGAGGGAAGCCCACGUUUUGUGAGCACAAGUGGUCAGCCAGGGGUGUUUACCAACCAUACAGAAACAAACAGUAUUUUAAUUUCUAGUACAGCCGUGAAGUCCAUAAUAGUUGAACAAGAGCUUUGGGGGCUACCUAAGCGGCUAGGGUGGGGUAGGGAGCAGCAGAGAGGAGUCCUGAAGUGACUGAAGGGCUGAGCCUUUGUCCACGUCACAGUGCUCACCGUGUCACAAUAGCACCAGUGGCCUGAACCCCUGCCGCCAGCCCCUGAACCUCACUUUGCCGCGGGGAGGCACUGAACUAAGAAACUGCCUUGUUACAGGUCACGCCCCUCUUUCUACUCCCUUUCUUAUAUCAAGAGGGGAAAAACACGGAACUACCUCUACCCGUUCUGGUCACCAUACGCCUAUUACCUUUACUGUUACAAGUACCGGAUCACCCUCCGGGAGAAGAUGCUGCCUUGCUGUAGAAGCAUCACCACUUAUAAGGAAGAGGAGGACUUGACACUCCGGCCCCGUUGCUGUCUUCAGUGCUCCGAGUCCCUGGUAGGUCUUCAGGGGGGCAGACGCACCCAGCAGGGUGAUCAGGACCAGCUUAAGGAAUUAUAUUCGGCUGGGAACCUGACGGUGCUGUCUACUGACCCCCUGCUUCACAAGGACCCGGUGCAGUUAGACUUCCACUUCCGCCUCACCCCCCAGACCUCUGCCCACUGGCACGGCCUUCUAUGCGACCAUAGGCUCUUCCUGGACAUCCCGUAUCGGGCCUUGGAUCAAGGCAGCCGGGAAAGUUUGACCGCAGCACUGGAGUAUGUGGAGGAGAAGACCAAUGUGGAUUCUGUGUUUGUAAACUUCCAAAACAACCGGAAUGACAGAGGUGCUCUGCUACGCGCCUUCAGCUACAUGGGCUUUGAGGUGGUCAGACCAGACCACCCAGCCCUUCCUCCCUGGGACAAUGUCAUCUUUAUGGUGUAUCCCCUUGAAAGGGAUGUUGGCCACUUGCCCAGUGAACCUCCCUGAACAUGCAUAUUCCUACUCUGUGAGGGGCUGGGAGCCUUGUUAAGUGAGAACCAAGCUUCCAGGAUGUGACACCUUCCAUCUAGGAGUAAAGGGUAGUGCAAUC